AACUGUUGGCCGAGUCUUGCAACAAAAUGUCAUCAUCAAAACUUACGAAAUUUUCUGCGGAUACUUUACCAUUAAAAUCAGUAAGCGGCACUUCAGCAAGCGAAAGGAAACCUCUAAGUGGGCGAACUUCUUAGCCAAAGGAAAAAAUGAAGGACUUAGUCAAGGAUUAUCGGGUAACAACGAAAUGUAAUGAACCGGUAAAUCAAACUACGGAUAAGAUGCCAAGAACUUUACAACUGGAGUCAGGAUAAUAAGAGUCUUUCAAAAGUCGGAAUGCUGUUUCUAAUGAGAUUGCCAGAGAUUGUCAGCGUGAAGUCAACGGAGACGGGCAAUUGCAAUUCCACAUAUAUCGAUGACUCCGAAAAGAGGGGUAAAAUAAUACCGAAACCGGCGUAUCUGCACAAUCCAAGGAAGGAUGUGAUAUCCAGAUUCAAUAUGUGGAAGCUUAAAUGACUCUGGGAUAACAAUUUCAGUGAGGCCGAAUUCAUUGCGGCAGCCUUUGUCGUGACGAACGUUCAGUCAAUUGGUAAAUACACAACACCCGCGGAAUUUCUGCAGAUCACGAAAGAUAUGUUGUUGUCCCGCAACGAUUCCCAAUUACAGUUGGUGCGCUUCGAAAAGGAGCGUCUGCUUCUGGCGAUACCAAUAAAUGUGGCAUCACGGCAAAACUAUGGCGCGGCAAAAUAAUACGCGUUCAUUGUUUGUUGGCCAAUACAAAGGUUGUUCAGCGAACUGGUGGAUAUCAACGAUGUCUUGGCUCGUAUGAAUACCGAACCGAUGUCGCCAGUUGAGGUUACUGUGCCCCAUCGCAUAGUGUUCGCCGAAAUCUUUUUACGAUUUCGAGGGGACUAAAUAGACAAAACAGGAUGACAAGAAUUGAAUCCAAGCCAACCGUAAACCUCAUUCGACCCCGCCGACACAUCAGACGCUUCUAGAUCAUGCAUCAAGUCUAAUGCUUGGGAAAGUGCUGUCGCGUAUUAACGAUCCUUCUACAAAGUCUUUGAUCCCCAAUUAUAUCCCAAAAAUUUUCUGUAAAUCCAAAAUUAUUUAAAUUUUCUCAAUAACACAUUAUUUACAAAUUAUAAACUGCUAAAGGUUUAGAAAUGCGGGUAGUUAUCGUGUGUAGCUUUGAGCUCACACCUAAAUUUGUCACUGUUGUUGUAGUUUCUUUGUCAUGAAGUGAGGUCUAUACACACACACUUGUAUUGGUAUGAAACGAUGUUGUAAUGAGCCACAUUACACGAUUCACAGUUGUUAGCUGUUACCAUUGUCGUUUGGCUCUAAUUAGUUUUCAAAUAUGGGCUUGCCCUCACUCGCAUCACUCGCAUUGUCCCAAUCAAUUUCAAUCCGUAAGCCUAAAGAAAUGAGAAAACACAUAUACACACAUUGUAUAUCAUUACAUAUUUCUUUUUCACUUUGUCGACAUGUUUUACACAUUUUUGCAUAAUAAUUUGUACAUGCUAAACAACUUUUCCAUAUGAUGAAGGUUG